AUGACCAACUGGGGUAAACUCUGCGACUGCUGCGAAGAUACUCACGUAUGCUGCAUUUCAUACUUAUGGCCACAACUCCAAUUGAUGCAACAAAGAGCUACCAUUGAAGGUCGUCAAUGCGAACUCAUUGAUUGUCUCUGCACCACCUUCCUUUUCCCAUGCACUGUCUGUCACGUCAGAUACAUGAUCACCGAAAAGCACGGUAUUGAUGAAUCCAUCGUCAUGAACAUCCUUGCCUCCCUCUGUUGCACUCUCUGUGUCGUCGCCCAACACACCCGUCAACUCCAAUCCAAGGGUGAGAAGCCAUCUGGUCUUUUCAUGGCUUAA